AUGGGUCUAUGUCGAAAAAUUGGAAAUUCACAACAGGUAGCCAUGAGGAGAGAGACAGAGGAUAUCCACCAAAAAGGACGGAAUUCAGCAUUAGCAAACAGAGUUGUUGAUAUUUUGUGUAGUGGAAGUAUGAGCGAAGGAUUCAGACUAAAAGGAUCAGAUUUUGAUUACAUGGUUUGGCCAAAGAAAUUCAAAGUGAUUUGGGAAUUAAACCAGACUCAGUACUACCACAGACAAACUCUUAUUUUCGCCAACUGCACUGAUAGCCCACCAGGAUUCGCUUUACUUCAGCUGCUGACCCCUAAUGUAAAAAGAAACUUCUUUUCAGUUUGUAUUAGAAUGAAUAGUGGACUUUACAUAUCCAGCUCCAAAUACAAAGAGAUUAUGUGUUUAUAUGAUAAAAAAUGUACUGGGAGUCACCGAUAUUUGCAUGGACCCUGCAUCAGUGAAGUACACAUUGGUCAAGAAUUUGAUGUCGCCUGCUGUCUUUUCAGUGACUUUUGGCCUCCCACUGCCUAUUUAUGGAUUGACAGAUGCCACACAUGGCCUCGUCCGCUUGUUGUUCAAGAAAUAGUUAAGGGUGGAUGUCAUUUUGUGGCGAUUGGGCACAAACUAGGCAAUCAUGAAGAUGACGAGUGGAGAAUUUCUUUUUCCUUGGCAGAACAAAAACUUGUAUUAGAAAUGAACCAUACUCAAUUUCUCGUAUACGGAUUGCUUAAGAUUUUAUCAAAGGAAAUAUUUUGCAAAAUGUUUGGGGAUGAAGGUAAAUUGCUGUGUUCAUACCACAUGAAGACAGCAAUUUUCUGGGUAAUUCAACAAAAUACAGUUCCUUCCUGGUGUCCUCAAAAUCUGCUGUAUUGUUUCUGGAUCUGCUUUAAAUUGAUCCUGAAAUGGGUGUAUGAAGGAGUAUGUCCAAACUUCUUCAUACCAGAAAAUAACAUGUUUCUCCACAAUGUGUACGGUGAAGCACAAAAGAAUCUAUUCAAUAGCUUAUAUGCAAUAUAUCUGAAGGGAAUAGCAUUUCUGUUCUAUUGUCCCUCUAUCAGAUCCUAUGUUAUGAAUGUCAUUUAUAAUAUAAAACGUCCCAUUUGUACAGAUGAGCGAAUUGUUAUCCCAGAACACGAGUUUGAUGUAGAGCUCUUCAAUGAAAUAAACAGCAAUUAUGCAGAAUACAUGGAUGACCUACUCAGCUGUAUUCAUUCAUUUCAUACAGUUGAACUGUUGAUAGCUUCACCACUGAGGAAAUACCAAGUCAUCAUGUUACAAAGAUAUACAGCUGACAUACUUCAGACGACUGCUUUUAUAUUACACAAUCUUUAUAUCAACACAGGUGCAAACAAGCUGGUUUAUGUCUUCGACAAAAUGUCCUGUAACAUGGUAAAACUGGCAGCCAAAUUUGGAUUUAUUUCUGACAUGUUGUAUAUAGCCAUGUAUUAUUACAGGACAUUGCGAUACAAAGAAGCUUUGUCUGUUAUACAGAAGAUAAAGAUCAAAUUAGCACGACCAUAUAUAAUGCGUCUUAAUAAAGUUAACAUUGAAAACUACACAGCGACCUUGGGCGGAGAAUCUUGGUCCACAAAGAUGAGAGAAGCUGUAACAAUGCCAAUCAGACUUAACAGUACCAGUCGUUAUAUCAAGGAAUUAAUACCAGAACUUCAAUUUAGUCGACUAAACGGCGAGUAUAUAUUAAACAUUGGAGAUAUUAUAAUGUUACAUAUGUUAGAGAUUUUGUGCUCUAUACAUAUCGACAGAAGUAGAGCACAAUCAGCUGUAAAUGAUCUACAGGUCCUUGUCCACUGCGGUCAGUGGGAGUUUCCAGAAGAAACAAAUGACAUAUCCUGGCAAAUUCUUGGAAUCUGUCAAGAAAUUACAGGGAACCACCAAGGUGCUUUGUACUCAUACCAACAAUCGCUCAGACAAAAAGCAAACCAUAAAAUACAAACUGCCACACUGAUGAGAAUACAAGCUUUAUAUUCAGGAUGCUGA